AUCAUUUGCAUAUCAGACCGUACUCCAUUUUGGGAUAUCAUGACAAUAAAAUGAUUAAAUAGGAUCAGAUUCGCCUGUCGUAUGGAUUUUAACAAUAUCCACAAGGUGCUGAAAUACAUCAAUGGAGUCACGAGAUGAUGCUAAGGGCCAAGGGGGUAGUACUGAGGGGGUACCCCCUCACACAAAGCUCCCCUCCUUCAUGGACCUUUCCCAACCACUGGGAAAUCCCUCGUAUAUGCCUCAAAGACCAACACAUGAGGUAACAUCAACAGAAUUUGCCAAACUUACAAAUGAAUCUAUGAAAAGUCAUGUUGAUGAGAUCAUAGCUAAAGAAAUAAUGGGAGGUGGAGAUACAGCUCGGGAAAUAAUGGGAGGUGGAGAUACAGAAAAAAUGAGAGGUAGAGAUCCAGCCCAUGAAUUAAUAGGAGGUGCAGAAAUGAUGAUAAGUAGAAGAGAUACAGCACAAGGUACUGAUCAAAGAUCACAUGAUCAGGGAUCAAGUGGUCCUCGAUCCCAGGAUUCAAGAUCCCACAUUUCAGGGCUUCCCCUGGGACCCCCAAGACCAGCAGGUGGUGCUCAGGGGAUCGUAGCAGGAGGCACCGAUCCUGGGGGACACUGGUCACAAUGGUAUCAACAGCAGCAGAUGUUUAUGGCUGACGCCUUGGGGGAUCAAGAUGGCCAACAUGUAAAGCCAACACCCACAGGGCCAAGGAAAAAUAAGGGACCAUCAACUAUGUGUGUGAGUAAAGAGAAACCAUGUUCCAGUCCAACCAAUGAGUGCCAGGAAUGGUUGAAGCACCAGCAGUAUAAAAACAACCAGACCCAGCAAGAGACUGUUGCCCUACAGGUACAAACACAGCAGGCAGCUCAACGCCUGCUGCAGCAGCGUCAACAACAUCAGCAAAAUCAGCAACAGCAUUAUCAACAGCAGCAGCAACAGCAGCAAAAUUUUAGUGAUAUUAAAACUGACGAUAAACAGUCUCAGAUAAGACAACAGCAGGAUGGACAUUAUUAUGAUAUGGCAGCAUAUUUUGAAAACACACAGGGGGGCAGUGUACACAAGAAGUCUCCUGUUGCUAAGCAACGAGCCCCCCAGCCACCAAUGUCAAAAGAAGCGAGUGAUAAGUUAGAUGAUAUUAUUUUAAAAGUGUCUGGAAUGGGUGAGGAAGGAGUAGAGACUAGUGACUGUGAUAAGGGGUCUCUGGAAGGCCCCAUACAAGCACAGCAUAAAUAUGGGGCCAGCUAUAUUAAACCUCAGGAUUUGAGUGAUUCAAUGAAACCUGUUGCUAUAGAAACUAUAGAUACUUUAUCGCAGAGAUCAGUAUAUGGUCCAAAUUCUAGGUUAUCAAGCACAGAUUCCAGAUCCUCAGAAUUAGAUCCUGAAAAAUUUCUCUCACAUAGCUUUGACUCUGGAUCCUUCAAAUCCCAUGAUAGUCAAUUGCCACAUGAUGGUGACAUACGACUUCAUGAUUCCAAAACCAUGCCCUAUGAUACAGGAUUCCCUAAACCGAGUGAUUGGUCCUUUGAAAAUAGCCCAUCAACUAGGCCUUGUGAUAGCCAACCCCCUAGGCCAUUUGAUGGUGAAUUUCCAAGGCCGUAUGAUAGCAAGGACAAUAUGGGGAGUGAGACAAAAGGGAGUUUGGCCAAUAAUGAGACACCGAGAUCAGAAGGAGGGCCAAAUAAGAAAAAGGGUAACGCCAAUUCAGUUGCCGCUGCCAUGUCCAAUGCUGAUUCUGAACAAAUCGCAAAAUAUCGAGAGUAUGUACAAAGUAUAGUACAGGCCCAGAGCAUGAUGCUUCAGCCUCCUCCCCCUGAGGACCCAGAGAAAAAGAAGAAAAAAUCUCGGGGUGGUGGUAAAGGCAAACGUGCUGGGGGUAAAUUUCAGAUGGGACUAGGCACCCCUGACAUGCCUUUACCCCAGAUGAAUCAACCAGGGGGGCAGGAUGCAGGGGGCCCUAAGGAGGCCUCCCCAAGGGAGAACACGGGGGGAUUUAGUGGGGUGAAUCAGCUCCCAAGUAUUGACACUGUGCGUGCAAUGAUGCAUGAUGUUAUCAGUAAAAAAGGAGAUAAAGUGCCAUCUAUAUCAAAAGCUUCGUCUCAAUCGUCCAUGGACCCAUUUGCUUUUUCUGAUGAUAGUUCAUCAUCGUCAACAUUUUCUCAAAGUCAGAAUCAACAGAGCCAUCUAUUGGAUGGACUUCAGGCCAGGUUAGUUGAAAAAUCGGAUUCUUUCCAAACAAGUGGAACAUCUUCUAACCAGCCUCAACUUUCUCAGGGUUUAAAUGCAUUUCAAGGGAUAAGUGACCGAUCAGGGACGGGAGAUGUAAACUUUGAUCAAUCAUGGUCAUCUUAUGACAAUGCCAGUAAAGCAGCUAAUUGGAUUGAUAAAACAAGGACAUGUAGUACUAAUGAAAAAAAUUCUCGGACUUUAGCCAAUACAGCGCCUCCGCAAGGGGGCCAUCGGAAAGCUGCUACUGUGGCGGAACUUCUUGCAAAACAGCGUGGUGAUACACCCACAGGAUCACCAAAACAGGCCCCUCCCAAUGUGAACAUUUUUGAAAAUGCGGCCCCUGCUGGGCAGUCUUCUCACACUGAGGAUGAGGAACUAGCAGAUAGUAUACUUGAAUUAGCCAAAGAAGCUAGCAUAAAAAUACAAGAUAGACAACUUGAUUCCCCAUCUGUUUCAAAUCCUGCCUCUGAUCCAAAACCUAGUACAAGUGGAGCAACAGGGACAUCUGAAACUAGCUACUCUACACCUAAACGUGAACCCCUAGCAGAUAAAUCAGAUUCAUUUAACAUUAACGUUAGCCAAAAAAGCACUGUGUUACCAUCUUUAUCAGACUGGCACCCAGGAUUUGCCUCACCUAAGCUUCACCCCCAGGACUGUGAUAUUGAUUAUGACACAACAGAUCUCAAUGGUUUUCCCGGUGAGGAAGCUAUUGACCUUUCUAAUAAUAUUGAAAUUGAUAAAGAAAAAAAUGAAGUGAAGGUUCAGGCAGAAGCUUUAUUGGACAAAGAUAUUCUAGACAGGAUAAAGAGCAAUGGCACUGAAGAGGUCCCACCCUGUACUUGUCCACCAAUGAUGGGCUUGAUAGAUUCAAAAGUUGACGGGCCGUACUAUACUCACCUUGGGGCUGGGCCCAACAUUAAGGCAAUCAGGAAAACAAUGGAGGGGAGGUAUGGGGUGGCUGGAGCUGCUGUGAGGAUAGAGAAGGUGGUUUAUACAGGGAAGGAGGGGAAAAGCUCCCAGGGGUGCCCAGCAGCUAAAUGGAUCAUCAGACGUUCAGGUAUUGAAGAAAAGGUUCUCACUGUAGUUCGUCACCGUCCUGGUCACAUUUGCGAAUCCGCCAUCAUCAUUAUUGCUAUUGUAUUAUGGGAUGGCGUGCCCUCAGAGCAAGCAGACGGUCUUUACAAUAUACUGAACAACGUUUUGCCCAUAUAUGGCUUUGAAACGACUCGUAGAUGUGGUACUAAUGAGCCAAAAACGUGUGCAUGUCAAGGCUGGGAUUCAAGUCGGAGUGGAGCUUCAUUUUCAUUUGGCUGCUCUUGGAGUAUGUACUAUAACGGCUGUAAGUUUGGCCGGAGUCGAGAACCGAGAAAAUUCAAACUACGUGACGAGUCUCAGGAACUAAAGCUUGAAUAUCAUCUACAGAAUCUAGCGACGCAUUUAGCCCCCGUGUAUAAGAAGAUGGCUCCAGAUUCCUAUAAUAACCAGGUCAUGUUCGAGUCAAAGGCCACAGAUUGUCGCAUAGGAAACAAGGAAGGACGCCCAUUCUCUGGUGUAACUGCAGUCGUAGAUUUCUGUGCUCAUGCCCAUAAGGAUCUUCAUAACAUGAACAAUGGCAGCACUGUGGUAGUGACAUUAACCAAGCACAGGGGUCUCUCCAAACCAGAUGAAGAACAGCUACACGUCCUCCCUCUAUAUGUGCUCGACCAAACUGAUGAGAAUGGGAGCUAUGAAGGCCAGGAGGCGAAAGUGACAAAUGGCUCUGUUGAAGUCCUGUCUAGUUACCCAUUUAACGAACGAAUCAGAGGAAUCCCAUUGACUCCAAAGCGCAAAAAAGGACGGAAAGCUGGUGAUGGGAAAUCUCCUGGUCACACUCCGGGAAAACCUGGUCGUCCACGUUUGAAUCCAGAUGUCACCCCUGAGAAAAAAAGGGGGCGUAAGAAAAAGGAAAAUAUACCAUUUGAUAUCGAUCGGAAAGGAGAACUCGUUAAUGGGGACACGGAUGGUUCAGUGAACCCACUGGCCGCUUUCCAAGAAGAACUUGGCUUACAUCCUAUUGAAGAGGAAGGAAUGAAUGGAUAUCCCAUACACCCUUGGUUCAUAUACAACCCCCAGUACGCCAGGUUCUUCCCUCAGAUGUGGUACCAGUAUAUGAAGCAACAGCAGCAAGGGCAGACUGCGAUCCAAGGUCAACAGAAAAAUGAGAUUAAACAGGAAACAAGGCAAGCUCAAACGCCAUCCCAGCAGCCUCCAAGACCAAAUACACAAACUGAUUGGCCACAAGGGAACAAGCCAAAAGAUCAACAGAUCCCACCGCCAGGAGUGGAGAAAAAACCAACCAGUAAUCAACCGCCCCAGUAUUACAGGGAACAACAAAAUACUCAGCAAAAACAACAGCAACAGCCUCCUUAUGCAAACCAGCCUAGCAAAGAAUCGAAUCCAUUUGCUCAAUAUCUCAAGGGGAUCGCUGGCAACAAAGAUGGCAGGGAAGGUCAGCCAAAGCAGCUCUCUAAUAAAUCAGAUAUAAAACCUCAGCAGCCCCAAAGAGCAGAGGCUCCCCAAGGCUGGCCUCAAGGUUCCACCAAGCAGCCCAAAGAACCUCAACGUUAUAGGGAGCCACCUGAGGUGUAUAGAAAUCCUAAUCCAUAUCAGGAACAAGGCGAAUUUACAGAUCCAAGAAAUCCUGAGUUGCAACGAUCUCAUCUUCAAAACUAUCCCCCUGGCAUGCAGGGACCAGAUCGCCACCCUCCAGGUAUGCAGGGACCAGACUGCCACCCUCUGGGCAUGCAGGGGCCACAGGGACAAGAACGCCAUCCUCCCUCCAUGCAAGGACUAGAUCGCCACCCUGGUCCAAGCCCUCAUUGGCAGAAUGACUCCACACAUCCCCCUGUACCUGGCUCCCACAGGUCUAUAACCCCCACCCACAAGUCAGGUCCCCCUCCCCACAGGCCAUUGACUCCCCAGCAACAUAUGUGGCAGCAACAGCAACAAAGACCUUUAGCCUCACCCAGGGAUGCUCAUCUUCAGGGUCCAGGUUCAAAUCCUAACAGUCCCCACCCCCACCAUCUUCAAUCUCCUGCCUCUAAUCCAAACAGUCCACACCCACAUCAUUUACAGUCCCCUGGUGCUAACUCACCUCACCCACAUAUACCCCGACCCUCUCCUGUAGCCCAACAUAUGAAGUCACCUGACAUGUACCACCAUAAUGCUGCCCCUCCUGGGUACCCCAGCCACCCAGCAUUAGAUAACAGUCAACCACAGAACCAGGGGGUGUCUAAGUUGAUAUCCCAGCAGUUGAUGUCCCAGAUGGCUUACAACCACCACCGAAGUGAUAUACCACAGUUUGAUGGUGCAUUGGACAUUGACAGUCCUCCAUCCUCCCCUGACCACAGUGACGCAAGUAGCGAGGUUGGGUCACAGAUAGAUGAUCAGGUGUCUCAUGAUGCCCCAGCAUCCCCUGGGUGUCUUUCAGACUCUGGGGCUAGUGAUUCGGGGUCUUCAGUAGAUGGCAGCACCAUACCUCAACUUGAUGGGCCCCAGGAUGAACUGCGCCCAAUGCAUAAACAGCCAAGGGCCCCAGGGUGGGAACAAUUCCCAACAGUCUGUGGGGCACUAUCCCUCAAUGCAACAACAACAGCAAUAUCAUCAGUAUCAGCAGUCGCCUCAAUCCCAACAGUCAUCUCAUCAGCAUCAACCAUUGCCUCCACAGCAUCAAUCACUGCCUCCACAGCAUCAACAAUUGCCUCCACAGCAUCAACCUUUGUCCCAGCAGCAUCACCCAUCUCCUCAGCAACAGUGUCCUCCUCAAGUGUCUCGAUCGGCAGAUGGUGGCCAACAGUCAUUAGCACACUCCCAUCAACAAAGCUUUGAGCAGUUUGUGCAAUCAAAUAGAAACUCAGGAGCUGAAGUCAUGAAAUCUGCAGCUUAUCAACAGCCUCGAAACUCAUAUCAGCAGCCUCAUUCUGGGUCUACUCAUCAACCACCUAAUUCGGCAUCAGCACAUCAACAGCCUCAUUCUGGUUCAGCACAUCAGCAGC